UCCUUUCCCCCCCCCCGCUGCCCCCUCGCCCGGCAGGACCGGGCACGGAACUUGCACCACUUCUCUCUUUUUUCCUCCCACCCCUCCUGCCCUUCCCGUACGACGUCCCCAGUUCGGUUGGCCAAGCGGGCAGUGCUGCCGUUCGCCUGGGCGCUCUCGGGCUGACUGAGGAGAGAGAGGAGGAGGGAAAGUCCGAGUUGAGGCGCCUCGGUGAAUAAUUGAAUGUAUAGAAGAAUUCCAGGUGGUAUUAUCUGACGUGCAUACAGAAGGAAUGAAGCAUGGAUGUGAAAGAACGCAGACCUUAUUGCUCCCUGACAAAGAGCAGAAGAGACAAGGAAAGGCGUUAUACAAAUUCUUCCACAGAAAAUGAAGAAUGCAGAGUGCCUACUCAGAAGUCCUAUAGUUCAAGUGAAACCUUGAAAGCUUUUGAUCAUGAUUCUUCCAGACUGCUGUAUGGAAAUCGGGUAAAAGAUUUAGUCCCCAGGGAAUCUGAUGAAUAUACCAGACAAGGACAGAAUUUUACCCUAAGACAGUUAGGAGUUUGUGAACCAGCAACUCGAAGAGGACUGGCAUUUUGUGCUGAAAUGGGGCUUCCCCACAGAGGUUACUCUAUCAGUGCAGGGUCAGAUGCUGACACUGAAAAUGAAGGAGUGAUGUCUCCAGAGCACGCCAUGAGACUAUGGGGCAGGGGGGUCAAAUCAGGCCGCAGCUCCUGUCUCUCAAGUCGUUCCAACUCAGCUCUUACUUUAACUGAUACAGAGCAUGAAAACAAGUCCGACAGUGAGAAUGGCACUGCUCAGUCCACCCUAUGUUGGAAUACUGCAUAUCAUGAUGAGGAUCUAAUCCUGAUUGGAGAUACUGAAUGCCACGAAAAUACAAGUCCUCCCAUGCCAUCUUCUUCAUCUAGUCAAUCCGUUAUUGAACAUUUACAUUCCCCUCCUCCAUCUCCAAAUCUCCAUGACAACCAGAGAUGGUUGCUAAGUACUAGUGCUAUCCAGCCAGUUCAGGACUCUGACACUGAUGAGGACUAUACUGCCAGCUCUUACCUAGUACAGACCGGUCCUGUUUCAGUUUUUGCCUCAGGUCAUGAGCAACCUCCAAAUAACCAAGGCCAGUCGACCCUGCAACCUUUGCCACCUUCUCACAAGCAGCAUUCAGCACAGAAUCACCCAUCUAUCACCUCCCUUAACAGAAAUUCACUGACAAAUAGGAGGAACCAGAGUCCGGCCCCGCCGGCUGCUUUGCCCGCCGAGCUGCAAACCACACCCGAGUCGGUCCAGCUGCAGGACAGCUGGGUCCUUGGCAGUAAUGUGCCACUGGAAAGCAGGCAUUUCCUAUUCAAAACAGGAACAGGGACAACACCACUGUUCAGUACUGCAACACCGGGUUACACAAUGGCAUCUGGCUCAGUUUAUUCCCCUCCUACACGACCAUUACCUAGAAACACCUUAUCAAGAAGUGCUUUUAAAUUUAAGAAGUCUUCAAAGUACUGUAGCUGGAAAUGUACAGCCCUCUGUGCUGUUGGGGUGUCUGUGCUUCUGGCAAUACUACUAUCUUAUUUUAUAGCAAUGCAUCUAUUUGGCCUUAACUGGCAGUUACAACAGACUGAAAAUGACACGUUUGAAAAUGGAAAAGUGAAUUCUGAAACUGUGCCAACACACACUGUAUCAUUACCUUCUGGUGAAAAUGGUAAAUUAGGAUUUACACAGGAAAAUAACACUAUAGAUUCUGGAGAACUUGAUAUAGGCCAAAGAGCAACGCAAGAUGUUCCACCUGGGAUCUUCUGGCGGUCACAAGUCUUUAUUGAUCAACCACAGUUUCUAAAAUUCAAUAUCUCCCUUCAGAAAGAUGCUUUGAUUGGAGUAUAUGGCCGAAAAGGUUUACCACCUUCACAUACACAAUAUGAUUUUGUAGAACUUUUGGAUGGGAGCCGAUUGAUUGCAAAGGAGCAGCGUAACCUUCUUGAGACAGAGAGAGCAGGCAGACAGACAAGAUCUGUUAGCCUUCAUGAAGCAGGGUUCAUUCAGUAUUUGGAUGCUGGGAUCUGGCACCUGGCUUUUUACAAUGAUGGAAAAAAUGCAGAGCAAGUGUCUUUUAAUACAAUUGUUAUAGAGUCUGUGGUUGAAUGCCCUAGAAAUUGCCAUGGAAACGGAGAAUGUGUUUCAGGAUCAUGCCAUUGUUUUGCUGGCUUUCUUGGCCCCGAUUGUUCAAGAGCAGCCUGCCCAGUAUUGUGUAGUGGCAAUGGACAAUACUCCAAAGGACGUUGUUUAUGCUAUAGUGGUUGGAAGGGUACGGAGUGUGAUGUGCCUACCACCCAGUGCAUUGACCCUCAAUGUGGAGGUCGUGGGAUUUGUAUUAUGGGCUCUUGUGCCUGCAACUCUGGUUACAAAGGAGAAAACUGUGAAGAAGCUGAUUGUUUAGAUCCAGUCUGUUCAAAUCAUGGUGUAUGUAUCCACGGAGAGUGUCACUGUAAUCCAGGUUGGGGUGGUAACAACUGUGAAAUACUGAAGACAAUGUGUCCGGACCAAUGCUCUGGCCAUGGCACGUAUCUACAAGAAAGUGGCACUUGUAAUUGUGAUUCUAAUUGGACUGGCCCUGAUUGCUCUAAUGAAAUCUGCUCUGUUGACUGUGGUGCUCACGGUGUCUGCAUGGGUGGAACAUGUCGAUGUGAAGAAGGUUGGGCUGGAGCAUCUUGCAAUCAAAGAGCAUGCCAUCCUCGGUGUGCCGAACAUGGAACUUGUAAAGAUGGGAAAUGUGAAUGCAACCAAGGCUGGAAUGGCGAGCACUGCACAAUUGAGGGAUGCCCUGGCCUGUGUAAUAGUAAUGGAAGAUGUACUCUUGACCAAAAUGGCUGGCAUUGUGUUUGUCAGCCUGGAUGGAGGGGAGCAGGAUGUGAUGUCGCCAUGGAAACUUUAUGUACUGACAGCAAAGACAACGAAGGAGAUGGAUUAGUUGACUGCAUGGAUCCUGACUGCUGUUUGCAGAGUUCCUGCCAAAACCAGCCUUACUGUCGAGGAUUGCCUGACCCACAAGAUAUUAUUAGCCAAAGUCUGCAAUCACCAUCUCAGCAAGCUGCUAAAUCCUUUUAUGAUCGGAUCAGUUUUCUUAUAGGACCAGAAAGCACGCAUGUUAUUCCUGGGGAAAGCCCAUUCAAUAAGAGUCUUGCAUCUGUUAUAAGGGGUCAAGUAUUAACAGCAGAUGGAACACCACUAAUUGGAGUUAAUGUCUCUUUUUUACAUUAUCCUGACUUUGGUUAUACAAUCACUCGUCAAGAUGGAAUGUUUGACUUGGUGGCAAAUGGUGGUGCAUCAUUGACUUUAGUGUUUGAACGAUCACCAUUCCUUACUCAGUACCAUACAGUCUGGAUUCCAUGGAACGUCUUCUAUGUCAUGGACACCCUUGUUAUGAAGAAGGAGGAGAAUGACAUUCCUAGCUGUGAUCUAAGUGGAUUUGUAAAACCAAAUCCCGUAAUUGUAUCAUCACCUUUAUCUACCUUGUUCAGGAUCUCCCCCGAAGAUAGCCCUAUUAUUCCUGAGACACAGGUGCUCCAUGAAGAAACUGCAAUACCAGGAACUGAUCUGAAAUUGUCAUACUUAAGCUCCCGAGCGGCGGGGUAUAAAUCUGUACUUAAGAUCACAAUGACACAGUCUGUGAUACCAUUUAAUUUAAUGAAAGUUCAUCUUAUGGUGGCAGUAGUAGGAAGACUUUUCCAAAAAUGGUUCCCUGCAUCCCCAAAUUUGGCUUAUACAUUUAUAUGGGAUAAAACUGAUGCAUAUAAUCAAAAGGUCUAUGGUUUAUCUGAAGCUGUUGUAUCUGUUGGUUAUGAAUAUGAAUCUUGUUUGGAUCUAACACUGUGGGAAAAACGGACAGCCAUUCUACAAGGUUAUGAACUGGAUGCCUCCAACAUGGGUGGAUGGACACUGGACAAACACCAUGUAUUAGAUGUUCAAAAUGGAAUCCUGUAUAAAGGCAAUGGGGAAAAUCAGUUUAUCUCUCAGCAACCACCAGUUGUCAGUAGUAUAAUGGGUAAUGGCCGACGGCGCAGCAUUUCUUGCCCAAGUUGCAAUGGUCAAGCAGAUGGCAAUAAACUCUUGGCUCCAGUUGCCCUAGCUUGUGGAAUUGAUGGAAGCCUGUAUGUAGGAGAUUUCAACUAUGUUCGACGGAUAUUCCCAUCUGGAAAUGUAACAAGUGUACUUGAACUAAGAAAUAAAGAUUUUAGACAUAGCAGUAAUCCCGCUCAUAGAUACUAUCUUGCAACUGAUCCAGUCACAGGAGAAUUGUAUGUUUCUGAUACAAAUACAAGACGGAUUUAUCGUCCAAAAUCACUUACAGGAGCAAAAGAUCUGACAAAAAAUGCUGAUGUAGUAGCAGGGACUGGAGAACAGUGCCUUCCAUUUGAUGAAGCACGAUGUGGCGAUGGUGGCAAGGCUCUAGAAGCUACUCUGAUGAGUCCAAAAGGAGUGGCAGUAGAUAAGAAUGGAUUAAUCUAUUUUGUUGAUGGGACUAUGAUCAGGAAAGUGGACCAAAAUGGAAUAAUAUCAACAUUACUUGGUUCAAAUGAUCUGACUUCCGCACGACCAUUAACAUGUGACACCAGCAUGCAUAUCAGCCAGGUACGUCUGGAGUGGCCAACAGAUUUAGCUAUCAACCCAAUGGAUAACUCCAUAUAUGUUCUAGAUAACAACGUAGUGCUUCAAAUUACAGAAAAUCGGCAAGUCCGUAUAGCUGCUGGAAGACCAAUGCACUGCCAGGUUCCUGGUGUGGAAUAUACAGUGGGAAAACAUGCAGUACAAACUACCUUAGAAUCAGCCACGGCUAUUGCUUUAUCUUAUAAUGGGGUGCUUUACAUUACAGAAACAGAUGAAAAAAAGAUAAACAGAAUAAGACAAGUAACAACUGAUGGAGAAAUCUCAUUAGUUGCUGGAAUACCUUCUGAAUGUGACUGCAAAAAUGAUGUUAACUGUGACUGCUAUCAAAAUGGUGAUGGCUAUGCUAAAGAUGCCAAACUCAGUGCCCCGUCUUCCUUAGCUGUAUCACCCGAUGGAACACUGUAUAUUGCAGAUCUUGGAAAUAUACGAAUAAGAGCUGUGUCAAAGAACAAACCAUUGCUGAAUUCCAUGAACUUUUAUGAAGUUGCCUCUCCAACUGAUCAGGAGCUCUAUAUCUUUGAUGUCAAUGGCACUCAUCAGUACACAAUGAGUUUAGUCACAGGAGAUUAUCUGUACAAUUUUAGCUACAAUAAUGACAAUGAUAUAACUGCAGUUACUGACAGCAAUGGAAAUACUCUUCGUAUUAGGCGUGACCCCAAUCGGAUGCCAGUAAGGGUAGUAUCUCCAGACAAUCAAGUCAUCUGGUUAACCAUAGGAACCAACGGUUGCUUAAAAAAUAUGAUAGCACAAGGACAGGAACUAGUCUUGUUUACAUAUCAUGGCAACAGUGGACUCCUAGCAACUAGAAGUGAUGAAAUUGGAUGGACAACAUUUUUUGACUAUGACAGUGAAGGCAGAUUGACCAAUGUCACAUUUCCAACUGGAGUAGUCACUAAUCUACAUGGAGAAAUGGAAAGGGCUAUUACUGUUGACAUUGAAUCAUCUAGCAGAGAAGAUGAUGUCAGCAUCACUUCAAAUCUAUCCUCAAUUGAUUCUUUCUAUACAAUGGUCCAAGAUCAGUUAAGAAAUAGCUACCAGAUUGGAUAUGAUGGGUCUCUCAGAAUCAUUUAUGCCAGUGGCCUGGAUACACACUACCAAACAGAACCACAUGUUUUAGCAGGUACAGCCAACCCAACUGUAGCAAAAAGAAAUAUGACUCUUCCUGGAGAAAAUGGACAGAAUUUAGUGGAGUGGAGAUUUCGAAAAGAACAAGCACAAGGCAAAGUGAAUGUGUUUGGCCGUAAACUCAGAGUUAAUGGUAGGAACCUCCUUUCAGUUGACUUUGAUCGGACUUCAAAGACAGAGAAGAUUUAUGAUGAUCACCGUAAAUUUCUACUGAGAAUCGCCUAUGAUACUUCAGGACAUCCAACUCUCUGGUUCCCAAGCAGCAAGCUUAUGGCUGUCAAUGUUACCUAUUCAUCUACAGGUCAAAUUGGUAGCAUCCAACGAGGCACCACUAGUGAAAAAGUAGAUUAUGAUGGACAGGGAAGGAUUGUAUCUAGAGUAUUUGCUGAUGGUAAAACAUGGAGCUACACGUAUCUUGAAAAGUCAAUGGUUCUCUUACUGCAUAGCCAACGGCAAUAUAUCUUUGAAUAUGACUUACUGGAUCGGCUUUCUGCAAUAACCAUGCCCAGUGUAGCUCGCCACACUAUGCAGACUAUCCGUUCUAUUGGCUACUAUCGGAACAUCUAUAAUCCUCCAGAAAGCAAUGCCUCUGUCAUCAUGGACUACAAUGAAGAAGGACAGCUGUUACAAACUGCUUUCUUGGGCACAAGCCGGAGAGUCUUGUUCAAAUAUCGAAGACAGACCAGGCUUUCUGAAAUUCUAUAUGAUAGCACAAGAGUGAGUUUUACUUAUGAUGAGACAGCAGGAGUUCUGAAAACAGUAAACCUCCAGAGUGAUGGCUUUAUUUGCACCAUUAGAUACAGGCAAAUUGGUCCAUUGAUUGACAGGCAGAUUUUCCGCUUUAGUGAAGAUGGAAUGGUAAAUGCCCGAUUUGACUACAGCUAUGACAAUAGCUUCAGAGUGACUAGCAUGCAAGGUGUUAUCAAUGAAACUCCAUUGCCUAUUGAUCUCUACCAGUUUGAUGACAUAUCUGGAAAAGUUGAGCAGUUUGGAAAAUUUGGGGUUAUUUAUUAUGAUAUUAAUCAGAUAAUUUCAACAGCUGUAAUGACUUACACAAAACACUUUGAUGCUCAUGGUCGCAUAAAGGAAAUUCAGUAUGAAAUAUUCCGUUCACUUAUGUACUGGAUUACAAUUCAAUAUGACAACAUGGGCCGAGUAACUAAAAGAGAAAUUAAAAUAGGCCCAUUUGCUAACACUACCAAGUACGGUUAUGAAUAUGAUGUUGAUGGCCAGCUACAGACAGUUUACCUUAAUGAGAAAAUAAUGUGGCGCUACAACUAUGAUUUGAAUGGCAAUCUCCACUUGUUGAAUCCAAGUAAUAGUGCUCGAUUGACACCACUGCGAUACGAUCUGAGGGACAGAAUCACUCGACUUGGUGAUGUUCAAUACCGGUUAGAUGAAGAUGGAUUCCUGCGACAGAGGGGCACUGAGAUAUUUGAAUACAGUUCAAAGGGCCUCCUUACCAGAGUUUAUAGCAAAGGCAGUGGAUGGACAGUGAUAUAUCGUUAUGAUGGACUUGGAAGACGUGUUUCCAGUAAAACCAGCCUGGGACAGCAUCUUCAAUUUUUUUAUGCAGAUCUCACAUAUCCAACAAGAAUAACUCAUGUGUAUAAUCACUCAAGCUCUGAAAUCACCUCUCUCUAUUAUGACUUGCAAGGACAUUUAUUUGCCAUGGAGAUUAGCAGUGGAGAUGAGUUCUAUAUCGCCUCAGACAACACUGGAACCCCGCUGGCUGUUUUCAGUAGUAAUGGUCUCAUGCUGAAGCAGAUUCAGUAUACUGCCUACGGCGAAAUCUAUUUUGAUUCUAACCUCGAUUUCCAGUUGGUGAUAGGAUUCCAUGGAGGUCUUUAUGACCCACUAACCAAAUUAAUUCAUUUUGGUCAAAGAGAUUAUGACAUAUUGGCAGGCCGUUGGACUACACCUGAUAUUGAAAUUUGGAAAAAAAUAGGGAAAGAUCCAGCUCCUUUUAACCUGUACAUGUUUAGAAAUAACAAUCCAGCCAGCCGAAUACACGAUGUGAAAGAUUAUAUCACAGAUGUUAACAGCUGGCUGGUGACAUUUGGUUUUCAUCUGCACAAUGCAAUCCCAGGUUUCCCUGUCCCUAAAUUUGAUUUAACUGAGCCCUCCUAUGAACUUGUGAAGAGCCAGCAAUGGGAUGAUGUACCGCCAAUUUCUGGAGUGCAACAAGAAGUGGCAAGGGAAGCAAAGGCUUUCCUAUCUCUAGGAAAGAUGGCAGAAGUCCAGAUCAGCAAGCGCAGACCUGGUAGUGAGAAAUCCUGGUUGUGGUUUGCAACUGUGAAAUCUUUGAUUGGUAAAGGAGUAAUGCUUGCUGUCAAUCAAGGCAAAGUACAGACCAAUGUGCUUAACAUUGCAAAUGAGGAUUGUAUCAAAGUGGCAGCUGUUCUGAAUAGUGCAUACUACCUGGAAAACCUGCACUUCACUGUUGAAGGAAAGGACACACAUUAUUUCAUUAAAACCACUUCACCUGAGAGUGACCUGGGCACGUUGAGAUUGACAAGUGGCCGGAAGGCACUGGAGAAUGGCAUCAAUGUCACAGUUUCUCAGUCCACCACUGUAGUGAAUGGCAGGACUCGUAGGUUUGCUGAUGUUGAAAUGCAGUACGGUGCACUGGCUCUCCAUGUCCGCUAUGGCAUGACGCUUGAUGAGGAGAAGGCACGGAUAUUAGAACAGGCUAGGCAAAGGGCUCUCUCCAAUGCCUGGGCCAGAGAACAGCAACGUGUGAGAGAUGGAGAGGAAGGGGCCAGGCUAUGGACAGAAGGGGAAAAGAGGCAACUUUUGAGUGCUGGAAAAGUUCAAGGAUAUGAUGGGUACUAUGUACUCUCUGUUGAGCAAUACCCCGAAUUAGCUGACAGUGCUAACAAUAUACAAUUUCUUAGGCAAAGUGAGAUUGGAAAGAGGUAACACAUUGGUUGAGUUUGGCCUGCCAAAGAGACGGACCCUGUGCCAGUGUCUUCUAAGAGGGGAGACCAAAUAGUUUGCUGCAUUAUUACUUGAGCCUACAUAUACAUCUUUGCUCAGAUUUUUCUGUAGCACAAUCUGAAUGGACUCUACAACAAAGAGAGAGCCUUCCAGAAGAAUGAUAAUAUUAAAAAGAAAAACUGGAGAUGUGGUGUUUUUUUUCUGAAUGACCUUAAAGGUGAUCUGCUUUAAAGAAUAUGUUUACAUAUGCAUAUCGCUGCACUCAAGCUGGACUGAAAGUACUAAAAAGAAAGAUCUAAAGCGUUUCCAACUGGCUCAGUAUUCCAGUAAUUAAGAAAGAAAGCGAUAACAGUGUUUCCAAAUAUUACUAAAUUGUUGACUUUUACUUACAAGAAUUAGUCUUUUUUCCUCCUCCUCCUCCUCCUCCUCCUCCCCCUUCCUCCUCCUCUCCUCUCCUGCUCACUCCCUUUCUCUGCCUAGGAUGUGGUAUAUAAUCUCUGUUCAUGUUAAGCGGGGGACAAGACUCUUUGUGUAUGGACACCCCAAUGGCUUUAACAGUGCUGCUUUUUGAAAGGACACUGGCACAAGCAAUUUAUUCUACAAUCAAAAUUUGGUAAUGGAUUUUACGGUGAUCAUGGGGUUUACCUUGGGGAAAAUGGCAAAUAGAAUUCUUGUCACAGAGAAGCAAAGGAAGCUUGAUUUUUUUGUAAAUUAUGUGAGACAAGUUGUUUAUGGAUUUUUAUAUGAAUUACAAUUUACUGUACAUCAAAUAUUAGUCUCAGAGGAGUUAAUUUAUGUAAAGUGUUUAAAAAAGUUUAUACUUAAAUAAAAUAAUAAAAAUAUGCAGUGUGUGAAUUUUUUAAAAGAAUUGCACCUUUUAUUAUGUUAUAGCUGUACAGUAUUAAAAGGUAUAAUGUAGAGAUAUAACAGUGUACAACAGUUGGAUAGAAGUGUUAAUAUUUUUGUAUUAACUUUAACAUGGUGUGUUUUUCUCUGGAUUACUUCUGAGAAAGGAUGGAGAAAUCACAGACUAGAAGGAAACGGAGUUGCCGCUCUUUUUCCUUUCUCUCCGCUCUCUCUCUCUCUCUUUCUCUCCCCCCCCCCCCCGCUUGAGCCCUGGCAAGCAUGGUUUCAUCAGUCACUGCUAAAAGGAAGGAAGAACAAUUCAGCAAGACUCAUUUGUUACCAUAAAAGACUUUUGUAAGCUGGACAUGCCUUGUUCUCUUUCAGAGCUCAAGGUGUAAUUAUUCUUUUCACAGCUUUCUAAUGUGCGGGUUUUUUUAAAAAAAUAUAGGAUGUGAAGUUGUGUUAUGUCAUAAAAGGAACAUUUCCAUACUUCUUUACACAGGAGUAAAUUCCUUUGUGGGAUUUAUUUUUGAUGAAUAAAUUUAGGACUGCAAGCUCAGAUAUUUAGUGGUUCAUGAAGGCAAGUUGAAUCUGUUCUAAACAUACAGAAUUGGUUCUUACAAUAUGUUUAACUGAGUCAGCUGGCGGAUAAUUUUAUCAUGGAAAUACUAUAUCUGGUCAACAAAUUCAUAUUGGAAUUUAUAAACAUGGGGUAAUUAGCUAUUUGUCUUUUGAGGAUUAAGCAACAUCCUAUAGAAUCCUCAUAAAACAGGGUCUUUUUAGGUAAUUCUAUGGAGAAAAUGAGAAACAAGCAAAAAAUGGACAGAAAACAAGUAAGAAGCUCCCCAUGAUGACAUUGUUUGUUUGUUUUUUGUCACAACAUUAUAUACAAGCACAUACAUUGAAAGGAAACAAUAGGACAGGAAUGGUAGGCACUUUUGUGCACUUAUGCACGCCCCUUACAGUCCUCUUAGGAAUGGGGUGAGGUCAAUGGUAGACAGUUUUUGGUUGAAGCUUUUGGGAGUUGGAGAGGAGACCACAGAGUCAGGAAGUGUAUUCCAAGCAUUAACUCUGUUACAGAAGUCAUAUUUUCUGCAAUCAAGAUGGAAGCAGUUAACAUUAAGUUUGAAUCUAUUGUUUGCUCUUGUAUUAUUGCAAUUGAAGCUGAAGUAGUCUUUAACAGGAAGGACAUUGCAAUAGAUGAUUCUGUGUGUUAAACACAGGUCUUGUCGGAGUCGGCGGAGUUCUAAAUUUUCUAAUCCCAGGAUUUCAAGUCUGGUGGUAUAAGGUAUUUUGUUGUUUACAGAGGAGCGGAGAACUCUUCUUGUAAAAUAUUUCUGGACGCGUUCAAUUGUAUUAAUGUCAGAGAUGUGGUAUGGGUUCCAGACAGGUGAGCUGUAUUCAAGAAUGGGUCUGGCAAAUGUUUUGUAUGCUCUGGUUAGUAGUGUAGAGUUUUUGGAAAAGAAGCUGCGUAAAAUUAGAUUUACAACUCUUAGAGCCUUUUUUGCUAUGUAGUUGCAGUGAGCUUUGGCACUUAGAUCAUUUGACAUGAAAACUCCAAGGUCUUUAACAGGGUGGGGGUCAUCUGUAAGGUAAUGUCCAUUAAGUUAGUACUUAGUGUUUGGGUUGUUUUUUCCAAUAUGUAAGACUGAGCAUUUGCUGGUUGAGAUUUGGAGUUGCCAAGUUUUAGACCAAUCGGAUACAAAGUCAAGGUCUUUUUGAAGGGUAGUAGUAUUGUUGGUGGUGUUAAAUAGUUUGACAUCAUCAGCAAAGAGAACACAAUAACUUGAGAUAUGGUCACAGAGAUCAUUUAUGUAUAGUAUGAAGAGCGUUGGUCCAAGAACGCUGCCUUGAGGAAUGCCACUUUUGACAGGGACAGGAUUUGAUAGAGCAUUGCCAAUUUUGACCACUUGUUGUCUGUUUGACAGGAAAGCAGUUAUCCAAUUGUGAAGAGGUCCUGAAAUGCCGUAGGAUUUUAGUUUUAGGAGAUGUUUAUCAUGUGCUACUGAGUCAAAAGCUUUGCAGAAGUCUAUGUAGAUUGCAUCUAUUGCUUUCCCUUGAUCAAGAUUAGUAGUCCAUAUGUUUUUGCAGUGGAGAAGUUGUAAGUUACAUGAUAAUUUUUUUCUGAAACCAAAUUGUUUAUUAGAGAUUAGGUUGUUUGUUUCGAGGUGGAGGGUAAUGGAUUGGUUGAUGAUAGAUUCCAUUACUUUGCAGGUGACGCAGCAUAAAGAGAUUGGUCUGUAAUUUUCAACUAGGCUGGGAUCUCCUUUUUUGAAGAUAGGGAUGAUUGUGGCUAGAGACCAAAGUUUGGGAAAGGAGUUUGUGCGCAGAAGAUCUUCUUCUUGCUUUGUGUGGUAAAUAGUGCAUUCAGUUUAUAUUGUUGUGGGGUUCUUACAUUUUUAGACCAACUUGCAAAGGACAGGACAAAGAAACCUGCCUCCCAGCCAUCCUGAUUAUUGCCAAUGUGUGCUGGUAAGAGAGCAAUAACUGAGUUGCUUGUGUCUGGUAACUUGUGAGUCUUUGUGGUUUGUUUAGUUUUGGUUUGGUUUUCUGCAUGUGUGAAAAAGACAUACUCAAUUCUCUUCUGGAAGAAAGAAAAAAAUAGAAUUCUAUCUGGGGAGAUGGAACAAAAAGGAAGUUAUCCUAUCAAGUAAAAAAAAUAGAAAAAAACAUCCAAGAAAUUGAUAAUUUUAGGAUACUAUCUAAUCAGCAUUUAUGGGUAUCUUAAUGUUUAAGACUUGCCUAUAAAGACACAUGUUAGGACCUGAGAUGUGCUGAUAGAAGAAUUUAAUGUAAACCAUGUAUAAUUUUCUUAAACCAGGUUAUAGUAUUAGAUCUCUCCUGUUGAAUACCUGAAAACACCAACCAAAAGGAAUAUUUCUGAAUAGUUUCUAAAUAUAUCUCCAUCAUUGAUAAAAUCCAGGAUGGAACAUAAUUUUUAUGCCAAAUGCCAGCCUCACACAGUGUCGGUCCAGCACUUCCUUGUUAACAAAUCAAUAAAAAUACCUGUCUCAAGAAGUUUUAACAUACUUAAAAAUUCUGUAAUGACUACCUUUUCACAUUUUUCUAGUUAGUUUGUUAGGGUAGAAGUUUAUGUAAAAACUUGAAAUGCUUAGCUUCCAUUUAAAAAAAACCCUUCAGGUACAAAAAAAUAUCGGCAGUUUCUGAUAACCCUCUUAUGAAAAAACACAUUAAAACAAAUAUUUUGAUCCCCAAUCCUUUUUUAUAAGUAUAAUAAUACAACUUAACUUGCAAUUGAGCUGAAUGUUGCAUGAUUUGAAAAUACAUUUAAACUUUUUAUCGGUAUUAGUAUUGCAUAAUUUAUAUGUGGGAAGGAAAAAGGAAAAUCUCAAAGGCCUAAUUUCUCUCUUACAAAUAGUCUUUGUACUAUUUUCAGCAGCAUAUAUUCAAAAAUAUUUAUUUGGGGAAAACUAGUCCAUUUUCACUUUUCUGUGCUAAAAUGUCAAGAUAGAAAUGCCAGUUAAAUAUAUCUGAAACAUGUAAAGAAAUUACAGAUGAAAUUUUUUAAAAUUGUUUUCUAAUUGCUUUCUGCACUGAGAUUCUGUAAUAGACUUGUGCUUUCAAUUACACAAUGUGUAUCUUGUCAAAAGAAUUAUGGAAUGAUCAAGCAAGCCACAGUAGUGUUAUUUACUUGCUUCCCGUUGGACACAACUAUAGAAUAACAAUCUAGACAUUUAGAACAAAAAAGUUAUUUUAUUACAUUUAAAGUGUAAAUAAAUGUUGUUAUUUUACAAACACAGAGAAUCCAAAUUUAGAAAUCAGAAUUUAAAAAAUGCUGAUCAGUGCCAUUAUUUCCUAUCUAAGUUCAAAUCUCAGUACAGCCGGUCUAUAGUUCUGUGGGUAGAAUUGCAGAGGAGUUUUUUGAAAGCACUGGGUUUUCUGCUGUUUUGGGCUCAUACUGGAAAUACAGUAAUAUGCUGUUUAAUAGAAACACUGCAACAGAUCUGGUGUAUGACAAGUUGGAAUAGCACUAAGAUUUCUGUUGAUGUGUCCUUGUGCUUUCACAAAUAACCAGAACGUUUAUCUGUUAGCUCAAAUUGAAUGAUGGCCAAUUAACCUUUUUCAUAAGUUUUUAGUAGAUCUUUUUCAUACUGUAAAAAAAAAUCUGCUAUGUUCCUACAUGACAUAGUGACUGUGGGAAAAAUGUAAACUAAAUAAGUUUUUUUUUAAAUUAAAAACUGUAUUAAAGUAAUUAGCCUUUGAAAAUUCAGAGUAUUUUAGGCAAAGCCAGUCAAAAUGUUUUCAUGCAAUUUUGAAAUGUAUUUUUUGUCCAAUUUGUAUUGUUCUUUUCAUUUGCCUUCCAAACUUUAUAUGUAUCCAGAAGUUUUCCACAACUU